GAUGAAAGUAACUGAGACGCGGAGGAAGUGGCCGAUGUUUUCGUUGGUUUUCUUACUGCGGACGCCAGCUGCUAUCACAACAUCAGGGUUCACCUCCGAGUCUCUGUGCGUAAUGUGUGCGUGCGUGCCUGUGCGUAAAACCCGCGCACUGCCCCCGCGUGCACCAGCAGCAGCAGCAGCAGCAGCAGCAGCAGUCAGUCAGUCUCUCUAAUGGAGUGACCCCCCAGCACGUUGGCUGAAGGGAAGACAAGAGCGCUGAGUCAACGAAUCACAGCGAGAAGGAUGCAACAGUUGAUGUGCGCAAGUUGCACAGUUUUCGGCCUGCACGCAAUCGGAGGAUGGUGGUUCGGAUGCGCGUGGAGGAAGGAUCGGGUGUUUCUGUCGCUCUGAACCCACUUCAUCAGUCCCACUGAGGGGAGAAAUUUAAAACGCAUCUUCCCCGUGCUGCUGGCGUUGCAGUUGCGCGCUGCCUGUGCCACUUUUGCGCGUCUUUCCCCCAAACCAGAAUGGACAUUUGGACAGGAGCGCGUUCGGAGGGACUCGGCGCCCCGCUGGAAUGGAGCUGAAGUGCGGAUCUCGGGUGGUCUGCGGCGGCGAGUAGCAGCGCGGUCCCCUGCGCCAACGAUGCAUCGGAUUCUGCAGAGGAGGCGAGUGCGCAAGCUGCGGGUCGUCUGGGCGUCUCUGGCCCUGGUGGCGCUGUCCCUGGCGGCGUGCAGCGCGCUGUUCACGGCGUGGACCUGGCGACAGACGCGGGACCUGUCUCAGUCCUUCAAGGUCUUGCAGGACCGAUUGGAGCAGGUGAAUACACAGAGGAAGGCCAUCGUCCAGCUCAUUCUGGAGAAGAGAGAGCUGCUGGUGGGGCAGAGAGUGAAGAGAGACGGGGGGACGUUUCGAGGGAGGAAUGGAAAUGGAAAGAAGGCAGCGUCUCAUUUCGAGAUAACCAAAGUCUCCUCUCAGCAAGUGGGAGAAGGUGGUGUGAUAAAGGGCUGGGAAGAGCGGACGUUGAAUAUGAGCAAAGCGGUGAAGUACAACAAGGAGCUGGGCACCUUCACUGUGGAGAAGGCCGGCGUCUACUUCCUGUUCUGCCAGGUGUUGUUCAAUGAGCAGCAGACUCCGUACGUGAAGCUGGACGUGGUGACCACCGGCCAGAAGCCUCAGAAGCUGCAGUGCAUAGAGGGCUACGCGACGACCCCCUCCGCCGGGCCGCACUCCUUCCACUUCGUGAAGUCGUGCCAGGUGUCCGGCCUCCUGCGACUGGACCGGGGCACGGAGCUGCAGGCCAUCACGGGCUCGUCCUUCCGGCUGCACACCGUGGGCAGCCCCUCCGCCUCGCCUCACGUCUUCAGCAUCUUCAAAGUCAACUGAAGCUCGGCGCUCGUCUGAUCUGGGAUGGAAACUCAUCUCACUGCAACGCAACUUGUUUUUGUGUGUGGAUGAGGUUUUUUUUCUUCUUUUCUUCCAAGUGGUCAGAAGCAGCCGAGGGCAUCACAUCCUGCUACAGCCGCUCCUCAAAGACGCUAAUUUGAAAGACAAGCCUGACAUUUGCGGACGAUGUUGUGGAAAUGUUUUCCUCCGGACGGUGGAACGCAAAACAACCGACUUCGGAUUAAAACCAAAACCCAAAGUGGACACGAGGCCUCAAUGAAUGUCUGCAAAACACGUGCGAUGGAAGCUGUUGUGUACAUAAAGGGCCUCACACACACAAAAAAAAAAAGUUCAUCUUAGCCUCCGUAUCAUGUAAUAAAUAGUGCUUACACUGUCUUUAUAAGACUGACAGUAAAGCUGUGCAUGCACCUUUCACUUUUAUAUCACCGGUUGCCUCAAGAAGCUGAGAGCACAUCUGCAAGCAUCAGAUCUCGACGCUAUAAAAGCCAAAUGAGUUGUCGUUCAUAUUUUAUACAAUACGGUGUGUGUCUGUGUGUGUGAGAGAGAGAGAGAGAGUGUGUGUGUGAGAUCUGAUGAAUCCAACAGUUCUUGUUUAUACUGAUUUAUGCUCAUUACAAUUCAUUGUGCGGUUUUAAGCGUGACGUUGCCUCUUCACAUACUUUGUAUAUAUGUCACACACGUGUUACAUGGGUGCGUUUCAACUCGGCAAAGAAAGUGGAACAUUUUAAAUAACAUGGAUGUGAAUUUGUGCUCUUUUCUAAGGUCAAAUUUGAUUGUAAGGUAUUUUUAUAUGUCGUGUACUUGGCUUUACUUUUGAGAAGUAUGCACAAGUUCUAGAAGUGUACAGCUUUGAAUAUAUAUCUUUCUUUUCUGACUUUAUUAUGUUAGUGGUAACAAAACACCAUUUCCUGCCUAUAGGUGCGUCAUCUGUUAAUCAUACCGUUUAUAACACUGAGAGGAAAUCAUGAAAUAAUAUCGGGGAGGAAAUGACACAUUCAAGGUUAAGUGGCAAUUAACUUAAGAGAUUUUCAUUAAAGAAGUAGCAUCGUUAAGACUUGUAUUAUUCUGUAAAGUUCUUUAAAGUCAAAGUGUCGCAAAACAAGACAAAGUAGUUAUGUAUUAAAACAAAUUCGCACGA